AUGUUCUCCGAGUAUACGACCAGGCCUACGAGGCAUUUCCAACAACAAGCAUCUCAACAUGCUAAGCAUCUGAAGGAGUGGUCAAACGAUCCAUCGCUGCCCCAGCUCAAACAAUACGAGCCCUUCCCGAGCUUCACUACACUCGACAACACCGGGCGUUGCGAUCCUACAAUGAUGAAUUCAAACAUCAGGUCACAACAGUACGAAUAUAGCAGCGACUGGAUGAAUCCUGGCGCCACAGAGCGGAGCCCUACCACGGGCGUCGCCCAGGAUGUCAUCGUCCACUAA